AUGCCAAAGAAGGAUGGACAUAUAAAACCAGAGACCCUUGCCUCAUACAUCUCAAAAGUGUGUGUCUUCUUUCAUCAGAGUGGCUUUGGUAAAAACAAUAAUCCUGCGAUAGUAUCAGAAUUAACAAGAGUUUUAAGUGAAUUGGGUGUUCAGGAAUCUGCAAGGCUCGUUCCAAAUACAGUUAAUGGUCCUCGUUAUGCAAUGUUAACAUCUCACAUCAUGCUAAUGAUUGAAAUGAUUCCUACUGCAAGAACUCUAUUUCCCGCUGCUUCUGCUGUUCCUCUGGUUUACUUUAAACUUCCAAGGGCAAUAUCAUCAGCUUGUUUCUUCAUGUUCUUCAUGCCUCGAAUCCCGUCCUGA